UCAAGGCAGCUGCACUCAUGGCGCCUCCCGGUGAAGAGACACCCCUGAUCCCCGAGCGCUCUUACAGCCUCUCGUCUUCCGAGGCUGGUGCCCUGCAUGUGCUGCUGCCCCCUCGGGGUCCUGGGCCCCCUCGGCGCCUAACCUUUUCCUUUGGGGACCACUCGGCUGAAGAGCUGUGUGUUCGGGCUGCUAAGGCCAGUGGCAUCCUGCCCGUGUACCACUCCCUCUUUGCUCUGGCCCUGGAGGACCUGUCCUGCUGGUUCCCCCCGAGCCACAUCUUCUCCGUGGAGGAUGAGGGCACCCAGGUCCUUGUCUACAGGCUCCGCUUUUACUUCCCCAACUGGUUUGGGCUAGAGACCUGUCACCGCUUCGGGCUUCGAAAGGACUUGGCCAGCGCCAUCCUUGACCUGCCAGUCCUGGAAUACCUAUUUGCUCAGCACCGCAAUGACCUGGUGAGUGGCCGCCUUCCGGUGGGCCUCAGCCUCAAGGAGCAGGGCGAAUGUCUCAGCCUGGCUGUGCUGGACUUGGCCCGGAUGGCCUGUGAGCAGGCCCAGCAGCCGGAGGAUCUGCUGAAGGCCGUCAGCUACAAGGCCUGCCUGCCCCCGGGCCUGCGCGACCUGAUCCAGGGCCUGAGCUUCGUUACGCGGAGGCGCAUCCGGAGGAGGGUGCGCCAGGCCCUGCUCCGCGUGGCCACCUGCCAGGCUGACAGACACUCACUCAUGGCCAAGUACAUCAUGGACCUGGAGAGACUGGACCUGGCGAGGGCCACGGAGACCUUCCUCGUGGGCCUCCCCGGGUCGGCUGGGGGUCAAGAGGCGAAGGGGCUGCUCCGCGUGGCCGGUAGUAGCGGCAUCGCCUGGAGUCCAGGAACACAGGAGGUCUUCCAGCCUUUCUGCGACUUCCCAGAAAUCGUGGACAUCAGCAUCAAGCAGGCCCCGCGCGUUGGCCCAGCUGGGGAGCAUCGCCUGGUCACCAUCACCAGGACAGACAACCAGAUCCUGGAGGCUGAGUUCCCGGGGCUGCCAGCCUCCUUGUCCUUCGUGGCGCUCGUGGACGGCUACUUCCGACUGACCACGGACUCCCAGCACUACUUCUGCAAGGAGGUGGCGCCCCCGCGGCUGCUGGAGGAGGUGGCCCAGCAGUGCCACGGCCCCAUCACCCUGGAUUUUGCCAUAAACAAGCUCAAGACUGGAGGCUCCCUUCCUGGCUCCUAUGUUCUCCGCCGCAGCCCCCAGGAUUUCGACAGCUUCCUCCUCACUGUGUGUGUCCAGACCCCGCUGGGCCCCGAUUACAAGGGCUGCCUCAUCCGGCGCGACCCCACAGGCACCUUCUCCCUGGCUGGCCUUGGCCGACCCCAUAGCAGUCUCCGAGAGCUCCUGGCGGCCUGCUGGGACGGUGGUCUGCAUGUAGACGGGGUUGCUCUGAACCUCACCUUCUGCUGCACCCCUAGGCCCAAAGAAAAGUCCAACCUGAUUGUGGUCCGGAGAGGUUGCAGUCCACCCACAUCAUCCCCUGUUCAGCCCCACUCGGGAUGCCAGCUGAGUCAGAUGACAUUUCACAAGAUCGCCGCUGACAGCCUGGAGUGGUGUGAGAACCUGGGUCAUGGAUCCUUCACCAAGAUUUACCGGGGCUGUCGCCACGAGACUGUGGAUGGGGAGCCUCGGGAGACGGAGGUGCUGCUCAAAGUGUUGGAUGCUAAGCAUAAGCACUGCAUGGAGUCAUUCCUGGAAGCAGCGAGUUUGAUGAGCCAAGUGUCGUACCAGCAUCUCGUGUUGCUUCAUGGCGUGUGCAUGGCCGGAGACAGCAUCAUGGUGCAGGAAUUUGUACGCCUGGGAGCACUGGACACGUACCUGCGCAAGAGUGGCCAUUUGGUGCCGGCCAGCUGGAAGCUUCAGGUGAUCAAACAGCUGGCCUAUGCUCUCAACUAUCUGGAGGACAAAGGCCUCCCGCAUGGCAACGUCUCAGCCCGGAAGGUGCUCCUGGCUCGGGAGGGGGCUGAUGGGAGCCCGCCCUUCAUCAAGCUGAGUGAUCCCGGUGUCAGCCCCACUGUGCUAAGCCUGGAGAUGCUCACUGACAGGAUCCCCUGGGUGGCCCCUGAGUGUCUCCAGGCGGCCCGGACGCUUAGCUUGGAAGCUGACAAGUGGGGCUUCGGAGCCACAGUCUGGGAGGUGUUCAGCGGCGUCACGAUGCCCAUCAGUACCCUGGAGCCCGCCAAGAAGCUCCAGUUUUAUGAGGACCGGCAGCAGCUGCCUGCCCCUAAGUGGAUGGAGCUGGCCCUGCUGAUCCAACAGUGCAUGGCCUACGAGCCAGGCCACAGGCCCUCCUUUCGCGCUGUCAUCCGUGACCUGAACAACCUCAUUACAUCAGAUUAUGAGCUCCUCUCGGACCCCACACCUGGUGCCCUGGCGCCCCAUGACGGGCUGUGGAAUGGCGCCCAGCUCUACGCCUGCCAGGACCCUACCAUCUUUGAGGAGAGACACCUCAAGUACAUUUCACAGCUGGGCAAGGGCAACUUUGGCAGCGUGGAACUGUGCCGCUACGACCCACUGGGAGACAACACGGGGGCCCUGGUGGCUGUGAAGCAGCUGCAGCACAGCGGGCCAGACCAGCAGAGGGACUUCCAGCGGGAGAUCCAGAUCCUCAAAGCCCUGCACAGCGACUUCAUUGUCAAGUACCGCGGCGUCAGCUAUGGCCCAGGCCGCCAGAGCCUGCGGCUGGUCAUGGAAUACCUGCCCAGUGGCUGCCUGCGCGACUUCCUGCAGCGGCACCGGGCGCGCCUCGAUGCUGGCCGCCUGCUCCUCUACGCCUCGCAGAUUUGCAAGGGCAUGGAGUACCUGGGCUCCCGCCGCUGUGUGCACCGCGACCUGGCAGCGCGGAACAUCCUGGUGGAGAGUGAGACGCACGUCAAGAUCGCUGACUUCGGCCUUGCCAAGCUGCUACCGCUGGACAAAGACUAUUACGUUGUCCGGGAACCGGGCCAAAGCCCCAUCUUCUGGUACGCCCCGGAGUCCCUCUCGGACAACAUCUUCUCGCGCCAGUCAGAUGUCUGGAGCUUUGGGGUUGUUCUGUACGAGCUGUUCACCUACAGCGACAAGAGCUGCAGCCCCUCCGCUGAGUUCCUGCGGAUGAUGGGGUGUGAGCGAGAUGUCCCCGCUCUCUGCCGCCUCCUGGACCUGCUGGCCGAGGGCCAGAGGCUGCCUGCACCUCCAGCCUGCCCUGGUGAGGUUCAUGAGCUCAUGAAGCUGUGCUGGGCUCCUAGCCCACAAGACCGACCAUCCUUCAGCACCCUGGGCCCCCAGCUGGAGGCGCUGUGGAGUGGAAGUCGGGGGUAGCGUGCAGAGGCAUGAGAUGCGCACCUUCCCUGCUUGUCCGGAGGGAGACCCUCACUCACUGUCGUUUUUAUAUCUCCCGCACCUCUGGGUCCUUGUCUCAAUGGACUGGCCUCGCGAGUUUGGGCAGGACGCUGCUCCUCUCCAGGCCACCAGCUUAGAGUCUGAUGACAUUGCAUGUGGGGGCAUCCCUGGC